CUCUCACCACCUCACCACACUGCCUAUCAUCAUCACCAACUUUGACGCCCCUUCAGUUUCGCUCAUUUGGCAAGCUGUUUCAGACGGCGUGCUGCAAUAUGAACCGGAGAUCCGUGUGACCAGUGAAGCUUCUUUGACUUCAUCUUCAGGCAACUUCAUUUCCUCCAGCUGCAAUUGCCCUGGUUUGACAGGCAGGUCCCGGUCUAGACUCACUGGUGACUAGUGACUGUUUCUGCACUGCGCUCCACCUUUUAUUCCCCGUAGCCCCGGAUCUUCUUCUUUCCUCUCGCGCGCGACUUUUUCGCGAUUCCUCCUUUGCUCUCGUUCGUGUUCAAUCUGCUAUACGAUGGAGCCAGCCAAUGAGGCCGCCCUCAAGGGCCCUCCCACAAGGGGAUGGAAAACGUGGACUUUCAAGAAGAAGCUCCUUAUCAUCGGAGGAAUCAUUGGAUUUAUCAUCGCCCUGGGUAUUGGUCUUGGAGUCGGACUGGGUGUUGGAUUGGGCGGCGGAGGGGGAGGAGAGGAAGAGGGAGGAGGCGGGGAGACGACGCCGCCCAGUUCAGGCAAUUACACCACAGCCAAAUGGCAGCCCGCCGUCGGCACAAGUUGGCAGAUUGAAUUGCUCUAUUCCUUGAACGACACCUCUGUCGAUGUGGAUGUUUACGACAUUGACCUGUUCAACAAUAACAAGUCUGUAAUUAACGAUCUGCAAAAGGCAGGCCGUAAAGUCAUCUGCUACUUCUCCGCCGGCAGCUACGAGAAUUGGCGUCCGGAUAAGGACAAGUUCAACUCGGAUGAUCUGGGCAGCAACCUGGACGGAUGGCCCGGCGAGAAAUGGAUCAACAUCAGCUCCCCUCGCAUUCGCAAUAUCAUGCUCACGCGCCUGGACCUGGCUCAGAACAAGAGUUGCGACGGGGUGGACCCGGAUAAUGUUGACGGAUACGACAAUGAUAACGGGCUGGAUCUGACGGAGGCCGAUUCAAUCAGCUACAUGAACUGGAUGGCCAAUGAGGCGCAUGCGCGCAACAUGUCCAUUGGAUUGAAGAACGCGGGGGCAAUCAUCUCGUCGGUCAUCAAGAACAUGCAAUGGAGCGUCAAUGAGCAAUGCGCGCAAUACGAUGAGUGUGACACCUACGCGGCCUUCAUCAAGGCAGGGAAGCCCGUCUUCCACAUCGAAUACCCCAAGGGUGACGACACCAACAACAACCUGUCAGUGACCUCGAGUGAGAAGACCAAGGCGUGCAACGCCACCGACUCGGGCAAUUUCUCCACGGUGAUCAAGAACAUGGACCUGGACAAUUGGAUCGAGAUGUGCUAGCAGGGCCGUUUUCAGAUGAAUAGAAUGUAGGGACUGGAAUUCGUCACACAAGCAAGGGCGCAGGGAGUUUUGAUAACGAUAUCUAUUGUACUGUAAAUGAUUGCUACUAUUAUCUACUAUGAUGUAAUCCAGCAUUCGUCUAGAAAGUUUAUGAUUGAUCGUCACUUGUCAUAUGCACCACCCACACCUUCUCCCUGGAAUACCUACCUACCUGCUUGCUGUCAUUGAC